AUGGAGAGGUUCCUGGAUUUUACCUUUAACCACUGUUUGUUUGUGCUGGUCCUCUCUGUGUACCUGAGCCCCCUGAGCCUUGCUCAGCAUGAACAUUGGUCAAGCCAACCCGGCCACCCUUCGAGUCCACCUCAGAAGGCAGCUGAUGCUCCCAAAAUUCAGGUGCGGUUGGCUGGGCACAAGAAGAAAUACAAUGAAGGACGGGUGGAAGUCUUCUACAGUGGGGAAUGGGGCACCGUAUGUGAUGACGAUUUCUCCAUCCACGCUGCAAAUGUGGUCUGCAGGCAAUUGGGCUACCUGGAGGCUGUAUCCUGGAUCCCCAGUUCCAAAUAUGGCAAAGGAGAAGGCAGAAUUUGGUUGGACAAUGUCUACUGUACAGGCAAAGAGGCUACGUUGGCUACGUGUACUUCCAAUGGUUGGGGUGUAUCAGACUGCAAACACACGGAGGAUGUGGGUGUGGUCUGCAGCGAUAGGAGAAUCCCAGGCUUUAAGUUUGAUGACUCCCAACUCAACCAAAUAGAGAAUAUGAAUGUCCAUGUGGAAGACACCAGAAUCCAAGCCAUCCUGGGUUCCUCACGCAAGCGUGUGCCCAUCACAGAAGGGUAUGUGGAAGUAAAAGAAGGCGGCGUCUGGAAGCAGAUCUGUGACAAGAACUGGACCACAAAAAAUUCCCGAGUCAUCUGUGGCAUGUUUGGGUUUCCGAGCGAGAAGAAAUACAACGUCAAUAUCUACAAGAUGACUUCAAACCGAAAGAAGCACAGAUACUGGGCUUACUCUGUAGACUGCCAAGGCACCGAGGCUCAUCUCUCCAGCUGUAAACUGGGCAAUCGCAUCAGUAAGGCUACUGGGGAAAACGUUACGUGCGAGAACGGAAUGCCUGCUGUGGUGAGCUGCGUCCCUGGUCGUGCCUUUGCCCCGGGCAGCCGCACUGGUUUCCGCAAAGCUUUCCGGCAGGAGCAUCCACUGGUGAGGCUAAAGAGUGGAGCCAAGACGGGAGAAGGUCGUGUUGAAGUGCUAAUGAAUGGGGAAUGGGGCACCAUCUGCCAUGACCGGUGGAGCCUGACUGCAGCCAGUGUGGUCUGCCGAGAGCUAGGCUUCGGAAGUGCCCUGGAAGCGAUUCCAGGCGCAAGGUUUGGACAAGGCAUGGGCUCCAUUCAUCUCAACCAAGUAGAAUGCUUGGGUUAUGAAAAGUCCAUCACAGACUGCAAAUUCACCACUGACACACAGAGAUGCAGCCACGAAGAAGAUGCCAGUGUGAGGUGCAACGUCCCAGCCAUGGGUUUCCAGAACCAGAUACGUUUGAGUGGUGGCCGUACACCCUCGGAAGGCCGCGUAGAAGUCCUCCGGCACCACAACGGCACUCUAAAAUGGGGGACAGUCUGUAGCGACAACUGGGGCACCCCAGAAGCCAUGGUGGUUUGCCGCCAGAUGAACCGUGGCUAUGCUGAGCAUGCAUUUCAGGAAACCUGGUAUUGGCAGGGAGAUCCUAGCGCCGACCAAGUACUCUUGAGUGGGGUUAAGUGUUCUGGGACAGAAAUGGCUCUCUCACAUUGUCGACAUGACACCCAUGUCAACUGUCCCAGCGGAGGGGGGCGCUACGCGGCUGGCGUUUCCUGCACAGAGGCUGCCGCUGACCUCCUUAUCAAUGCCAAGGAGGUAGAGUACACAUCAUACCUUGAAGACCGUCCAAUGUACAUGCUACAGUGUGCACUCGAGGAGAACUGCCUGGCCUCCUCAGCUGUCAACACAUCCGUUUCCACCGGUCACAGGAGGCUCCUGCGUUUCUCCUCCCAGAUCCACAACGUCGGGCAAGCAGACUUCCGCCCUAGACACGGGCGCCAUUCCUGGAUUUGGCACGAAUGUCACAGACAUUACCACAGCAUGGAGGUGUUCACACAUUACGAUUUGCUAGAUCUCAAUGGCACCAAAGUGGCUGAAGGAAACAAGGCCAGUUUUUGCCUGGAGGACAGUGACUGCGCACCUGGCAUCGAGAGGCAAUAUGGAUGUGCCAAUUUUGGGGAGCAAGGUAUAAGCGUUGGGUGCUAUGAUGUGUACCGGCAUGAUAUUGACUGCCAGUGGAUUGAUGUUACAGAUGUCCCACCAGGAAGCUACAUCUUCCAGAUCCACGUCAACCCACGCCACGACGUUGCAGAGAUUGACCAUUCCAACAACAAGAUGAAAUGCCAAUGCAAGUUAAACGAACAACGUGUCUGGUUGUUCAACUGCCACAUAGCUGACUCCUUCAGUGAAGCAAUGGAAGAGAGGUUUGAUCACUUCAAAGGACUUAUGACCAACCAGGUGCCCACUCGAUAAAAAGAAAACCUUAACUUCAGCCCUGUUAUUUAAGGAAGGACUACCUUUUCCCACGAUUUCCCUAACCACUGCACCGAAACCUAAAGUACUCAAGCAGCCAACCAUGAACUUUCAAAUUAGCUUUGUAAGUUAUUUUCAAGGGUGUCCUCCAUACCUACUUUAUGGUCUUCAGCAGCAGAAGAAAUAGGGUUGGUUCUUAUUUCAUAUUCGUUCCAGCAAAAGGAAGGUUUUGCACUAAGCUGUCUAGUUUCCCA